GCAUCCUUUAAAGAGACGCCCGAGUAUGCUGAUGGUGCAUCUGGAUUCAAUUAAGUCCGGGCUGCAGUUCCCUCUUCAUCAAUUUUAUCUUGACUUCUUCCAUCGAUAUCAGGUCGUCCCCGCCCAAUUCAUGCCGAACUCCUUUCGGUUUAUCUCGGCCUUUAUUGCCUGGUGCUCUGAUAUGGGUGUAGAUCCUAGUCUCGACCUUUUUCUCCACUUUUUCAAGGUUUCCCGCCAAAAUUCAGAUGGAUUCCUAAGGGUCAGUGCCCGUCCCGGACGGAGGUUAUUCCAUGGGGCCCCGACAUCUUUCCAUGAUUGGAAACAUCAAUUCUUCUUCCUCCGUUUCCCUGAGGGUCGUUUUCUGGAGCGGUGGAAUGGUUAUUCGCUGAAGAUAGGGCCGCCGAGCCUGACCGAUGGGCUGGAGGAGGCCAUCAACAAGUUGAAGAAAGGCGGCUCCGACUGUGAGAGUAGGCCUGUCAAUGGGUCGGGUCCGGGCCGGGAUGUAGUGUUCCAAACCCGGACCCGCUAAGUAAAUAAGGGACCCGGACCCGGACCCGUUUACCCGUCGGGUUUGCAAUUUUGGACCCGGACCCGGACCCAACGGGUCUCGGGUCUGGGUCGGGUAGACCCGCCAUUUUUUGGAAGAUUAGACCCACCAAAUAUAAAACAGAACAUGUAUAUGAAUCAUGAAUGUAAUGCAAUUCCACAAACUACCUACAUCUAGAUCUCAAUCAUCCUUAAUACGGAGUAAUAAGUAAA